UAAUUGUGUUUUGCUGCCAACCCUGUUUAGAGCCAAACAAUAAUAUACAAGUGUACACAUAGAUACAAAUAAUUUGCAAAUUAUAUGCAGAAAUGGCUCUGACAAAUGUACUUUUGCUUAGCCAAAUAGCGGGACAUGUUUUGCUAUUCAUUUUAUCGUUGUGCAUUGUGCUGCCGCUAUCAAUAAAUCUCGAUCAAUUUUGCGGCCACUGCUUGCUCUUUACAACGGGCAAAUGGCGGGAGGAGGACGGCAUGUUCGAUGUACAUUGGGCCUCAAAUGGAUUCUGCAAUUUUCCACUAAUCACGGGCAUCUUUCUGCUGAUCAUCUCAGUUGUUCAAAUCUACCGAUAUGCGCGUAUGAAGGAGGAGGCGUCGUUCAUUGCACUCUUUAUUGAUGUUGUGCUCGGCAUUUGGAUGCUGGCCAUGUCGAUUUUCUCCGCCAUUUUCAUAACGAUGGGUUUCAUUGUCUGGUGCGAUGGCAUGACCGAACGUUUUCCAUCAUGCGAAACCUCAGCUGGACAAAACAUUAUACGAGGCAACACGGAGAAAAUCAAUACCUCAGGAUUCUACAUUGAAAUGGGCACAACCCAGUUUGGCGCCUGGGGAGCAUUUGCCAUUUCGGUGGGCAUUGGUGUCAUCGCGCUGCUAAAACUUAUCCAUAACCAUCAGGUGCGCAACAUCAAGGUAUCCAUGUAUCUAGAACGGCAACGCUUGGUCAAUCAGCAGCAGUUCGAUGGACGCUCGACGCCGCCGCUAACUUCGGCUGUUUCAUCUGACUCUGAUCAAAAUAAAUAGUUGAUGCUUCAGUCGAGUCAGCAAUUUGUUAUUCUUUAUGUAUUUGUCAUGAUGUGCUCGAUUAUUAUUAUUUGUCAUUUAAUCAUAAUUGCGAUUGAAACGCGGCA